GAGCUGUUGAGAAAUUAGUAUUCAUGAUCCAGUGACAUCUAGUGGGAAAAGCUGGAAUCACAUUAGAGGCCUCUGCUGCCUUCACUUGCUUCUGGAAAUCUAGGUGAAACUUUGAGGUAGAGUGACCACGCUGAACUCCAAUAUUAAUAUUUAUCCGCGGACUUCAUGUGUUUCAUAUAUUUGUUUUAUAAAUUUGAAUUAUUUUAUUGCGCGUGCACAAUAUACGCAUGUUUCAAGGACUCCCUGAAAAUGUUCGGAUUAUUCUGGUAAAUUUUAUCCGAAUUUUGUAAAUAUGAAACUUUAAAAUGUGGUCAAAAAUGGGCCUGAUUGUUACAAGAAUGCAAACUUAAACAUUACAACUUUGCAAACCACCCUUGAUAAAAAAUGACCAAUUUGACUUAAACGUGUGAUAAAAUGAAACUGGAUUUUAGUGCGCAGUCAUCCUGUCUCUUCAUAUUAUAGGGAUUACUCCAUGACAAGAACAUCAUUUGUAAUUCACCAGACAGUCUCUGCACAUUCUAGUGGAAAAAUAGCAAUAAAUAAGAAAAAACACUUGCACAGAGCUAUCGUAAUAGGUGCUAUAAUGCAGAAACAUAAUCAGUUAGUUGGUGUGCCCUUCGUCUGUGCAAAAUAAUAUACUGUAAGACUUUUGAUUGAACACACUAGUAAUCUGUUUUAUGUCUUGUGAUUUCGAUAAUUACGACAGCACGUGAAAGCAGCGUUCCUACGGGUACUGGCUCUCAUCACCAGCUGCGUUUCAUUCCGGGGAAGACUGAACUGACGCACAGUUGGGUUUGCGGAUAAUUUAAGAAAUUUACGUGGAAAUUAACAUGACGGGAAACUUUACGUUAGGCUACAUAGAUGGUUAAGGUUGCGUGGCCUGCGCUUCUUUCCUAAUUAGACGUGCGUGUAUUUUUGAUAACUUGAUAACUAGCAGCAGUGAGACGUUGGAGGGUCCCAGUCACAAACCGGCGCAAACAAAUUGCGCUUAUUCAUGAGUUUCUUUGCGCACUGGAGCAGCUGUACGAAGUGACAGGAAGGAUGGCGGCGACCGUGACCAAGACAGUUCAUCUCAUUACAGGACUCGUCAUUGUUGUCCAGUUUCAAAUAAGCUUCAUGAAGCUAAAAUCUGCCAGUGGAGUCUACCGUACUGACAUGCGGGGGCUGCCUUCUCCAGAGGGAAGGCUGCAUGUAAACAUCGGGAGUCACAAGCCCAGGGAGAGGAGGUGGGUGUCCAGGCCUAGGUCUGGGGCCCCUGGCUGGGCUGCAGAUAAGAGGGACCACUACAGAGACCAGCACCAACCAGAGGAGUCAGAUCCAGACCUGCUCAUGGAGGAGGGCCAUGACAAUUCUACACAGAUUGUGGACAUUGAUCACGCCUACUACACAUCUAAAAUCUACAGUCCUGGAGAUGCAGCCAGUAAAGAGCUGUGGGUGAACAUUGAUGAGAUGGAGGAAGAUGACUGGAAGGUCCGUGGCUUCCUGUCCAGCACCCACAGACAGGCUGAGAGAGUGAAUCUUUCCUUUGAUUUUCCUUUCUAUGGACAUAUACUAAAAGAAAUCACAGUGGCAACUGGAGGUUUCAUUUACACUGGAGAUAUAAUCCACCGGAUGCUCACAGCCACUCAGUACAUCGCCCCUCUGAUGGCAGAUUUUGACCCUACCCUUUCCAAAAACUCAACUGUGUUUUACAUUGAUAAUGGAACCGCAUUGGUGGUUCAGUGGGACCAGAUUCACCUCCAGGACGUCAGUCUGGGAACGUUCACAUUCCAGGCCGUUCUGCACAGCGACGGACGGAUUGUCUUUGCAUACAAAGAGAUUCCUAUUGACAUCAGCGAAAUCAGCACUGAGAAUCAUCCUGUCAAAGUGGGUUUAUCGGAUGCUUUUGUAGUGCUUCAUGAGAUAGAACAGAUCCCCAAUGUUCGGAGGAGAACCAUCUAUGAGUAUCACAAAGUCGACAUCCUCAAGUCCAAAAUCUCCAACUCUACAACUGUUGAGAUGCUACCUCUCCCCACAUGUCUCCAGUUUUCCAGCUGUGGUCCAUGUGUCACUUCUCAGAUUGGCUUUAACUGCAGCUGGUGCAGUCGGCUACAAAGAUGCUCCAGUGGCUUUGAUCGUAACCGGCAGGACUGGGUUGACCUCGGCUGCCCAGAGGAGAGACGGGAUCCCCGGUGUCUCCGGAUAACAGACGUCACAAACUCCACAUCUCGCCAGCUGAGUCAUACGACCACUCCUGUUACAGCAACCACAGUGCAGCAGAGGACUUCCAGCAUGACCUCCACCCCCCUCGGCAGGACGUCCAUCGUCACCAACCCCUCACCACACAGCAGCACAAGCAGGAGAAUAAUGUCCACAUCACAGCCUCCUACCAGCAAACCUGCAGAAGAUGACACAAAGAUCUCUUUGCACAUCAACGAAGCGUCAGGAGACAAGGAGCGCACAGGAGACGGUGAUGACCGGCUGCAGAUUGGCCUCCUGGCGGGCAUCAUCAUGAUGAUGGUCGUCAUGGCAGCAGCUGUCCUCCUGUCCCUUUAUGUGUACAACCACCCCACCUCCAGUGCCAGUCUCUUCUUCAUGGAGCGGCGGCCGACCCACUGGCCAAUCAUGAAGUUCAGGCGUGGAUCCGGUCGCCCUUCAUAUGCUGAGGUGGAGGCUCCAGGUCAGGACAAAGACAGCACAGUGGUCAUUGACCCCAAACAGUCUUUUGUCAUGUCAGACAGAAGAGAGAGCGAACAGAAAGAAGGAUUCAUAGUUCCUGAUCAAAGAGAGCGCUUCCUGUUUUCAGAGAGCUCCUGACCAAAACUACAUAUCCCAGAAGGCUUUGGGGACAGAGCUGGUUCUCUAUGUGAGUUAGCGUUCCUUCCUUGAAUGCUGAUACAUUUUUCAAUUUAGCUGUUGUUCAAAUUCACUUUAAGGACAGAAUUUGAGCAUUCAAAGAGGAAAACAACCAAACUCUGAGGAAACUGUAGCUACAGAUUUUAUGCAACAGUUUGGCUUCAUGUUCACAUUUGCCCAGCGAGCCAUGGAACUGUUUUAACUCAAAGGAAAACGUACUUGGAUAAAAAGUUGUUUUUACUUGCUCAGGUUAUUCACUCGUUUACUGCGGAAUGUUUGUUUUGAGAUCAUUUCUCUCAAAGAUGGACGAUAUUUUUCCUUCCCACACCUACUUCACAAGGAGGAAU